AUGAGAAGGAGUCGCAGCGUAAGAAUUAAAGGACAAACUUUGACCAUUGAGGGACAUAAUGGAGAAGAGGAUAUGAUGGGCAAAGUUACUUGGUUACCGGUUCAGGAGUUAAUUAAAGGAGAGUCCAGAGAAAAUUCUCGGGGAAGGAAAGUAGAAUUAAGACAAAAUUUUGAAUCGCGGGAAAGAGGGGUAAUGAGUUGUUAUAAUUGCGGUAAACCAGGUCAUAUGCUCAGAGAUUGCAGGGAGGCGAAAUGUUUUGGUUGUGGAAAAUUAGGACAUAUAACCCCUUACUGUCCGGAUAGACAAGAGAGAUUAAGAUGUGCUGGUUGUGGUAGGUUUGAGCAAAGGAGGAAUAGAGGGAUGAAUCCAAACGCUUUAAAUGUGAGGACUAUUGAGCGGGAGAGAGAGGAAGAGGGACGGGCAAUUAAUAUCGGGGAGUUAGAGGAGAAAAAUAUGGAAUUGCCGAAAGGGUGGGCAUGUUGCGAGGGAUUGUGA